UUUUUUUUUGUUUUUUUACAAUUCUUUUCCUUUCUUUUCUUUUAUUCUUUUUUUCUUCGCCACGAAUAAUAAAAUCAAAUGUCACAUCCGAUAGCGAGUAAUAUGGAAUAUAUUCAGCACCGAAAGGAAAGCGGGGGCUACGAGGAAGAUGACGAAGACAGUAACAUAUCCGAUAGACCAUUGGAUCCAAAUAAAUGGCACGCCAUGCUGCGACGAAUGUCUAUCAAUAUCCAACGAGAUGAAGGAACGCCUGAUGACCAAAUUAUUUCAGGAAAAAACGCAGUCUAUCCGACGGAUCACGAGAGAGCAUUGAUGUUGAAUAUACCUCAUUACAGCAGCAGCAGUGAAGAUUUAGUAGGUGAAACAAACGCGGAUGAUACUUUGCCGACCGUUGAAGAGAUCAUUACUGAUUACAUCGACUGCUCCAACCAUGCUUUGCAUCAACAACAACAACCAAGCUAUUUCGAAAAUCCGUUUGAUACAGACACUGCCUCGACAGACGAUACUUUAUUUGUGAAGCUACCUCCCCCAGCGAUCGAUAAAAAAAUUGUGCAUCCUUUAGCUAAGGUGUCAUCUGAAAAAAAGCAUCAUCAUCAUCACCACCACCAUCAUCAUCAUUCUUUACAUCAUUCUGCCGCCACACCAUUGCGGAAUGACUCGACACAAGCUGUCAAUAAUAAAGCUAAAUUGCAAUGGGCAAAGACAUUCGAAAAAAUUAAAGUUGUUAAUACCAUUAAUCAACUACAGCAAAAUAGCCAACGAAAAAACAGUGUAGCGCCUCAUACAAUUACUAGACAGCCAUUAGCUCCGUACUAUCCCGCUGCCUUUACGCCGGGAUAUCUCUCAUUAUUGUGUAGGGAUGAGCACGGAAGAAAAGCACCACCCAUUUUAUUUGAUGCGCUAUCCGUUGCAAUUACAGAUUCCGAAAUCGACCUUACAUCUAUUCAUCGUCUAUGGACAUUUCGUAUUGAACUCCAAUACGGUGAGAUCAAAUGGGUCAUUAACCGAACAAUCAUUGAAUUUUACAACCUUCAUCUCACUUUAAAAUUCAAGUAUUUCUCCGGAUUCAUAUCUGACCAACCGCCUUCUUUUCCUAGUCAACUCUCGCAUCUUACAAACGCAGCCUUGACAUCCAUGCGUAUCUCUCGUGAGGAAGAAACAAGUAAUGUAGGCGAUGUGGCCCUGAAGCGACGAGACGCACUUGAAACGUACCUCAAGGAGCUUAUUCAACGUGCCAGUAUGAUUGUCAAUUACGAACUAUGUGAAUUUUUGGAACUCAGUGCGAUUUCCAUUGUAAAAGAUAUGGGCUGGAAGGGAAAGGAGGGCUAUUUGGAAUACAAUACGAAACCGGCUUCGAUUCGCUCAUCUUUUGGUUGGCAUCGAUGGCAGAAGGAAUGGAUCAUAUUGCGUGACUCUUACAUUGCAUUUUGUAAAGACAUUGGGUCCACAGGACCUGCUGAUGUACUCUUAUUUGAUAAAAAUUUUAAAGUGGCAAGAACUCAAAGCACAUUUGGUUCUAUUCAUCAAACUCAUUUUAUUAUCUCCAACUCGGCAAGAAGAAUUGAAGUCAAAGCUCAAACCUCUAAGCAUAUUGAGGAAUGGAUCGAAAAUUUAGAAAAGGUUCAAAAAGAAAGUCCAUGGAUUAUGAAUCAUCGGUUUGGUUCGUACGCACCGAUUCGAGAAAAUGCAAAAGCAAAGUGGUUUGUCGAUGGCCACGAUUACUACGAGACGGUAGCGCAGGCACUCUUAUCAGCAAAAUCAGAAAUAUAUAUUGAGGAUUGGUGGCUGAGUCCACAAUUGUAUUUACGUAGACCACCCAAAGGCAAUGAAGAGUACCGAUUGGAUAGGCUUUUGAAACGAAAAGCGAAUGAGGGAGUGAUGAUCUACAUCGUGAUUUAUAAAAACGUAUCUGUUGCCUUGCCUUUGGAUUCACAACACACGCGUGACUGGAUGCAUAAUGUUCACCCAAACAUUAUUGUACAAAGACAUGCCAAUCUAACAUCCUCUCCUUUUUGGGCUCAUCAUGAGAAAAUUUUGGUGAUAGAUUACAGAUUAGCUUUUGUAGGAGGACUUGAUUUAUGCUUCGGUCGUUACGAUACCCAGAAACAUGAUUUAACAGAUUAUUCAUCACCAGAUGAAAUCUUUCCAGGACAGGAUUAUUCAAACCCAAGAAUCAAAGAUUUCCACAAAGUGAGCCAAUAUGACAUGGAACUCAUUGAUAAAAAAAGUGCGCCUAGAAUGCCUUGGCACGAUAUUCAUACUGCGAUGACCGGACCUCCUGCAAGAGACAUCGCACGUCAUUUCAUUCAACGGUGGAAUUUCAUUAAAUCCAAUCGAUCAAAAGAACGGGCCGAAGUUCCCUUUCUGUUGCCAAAGGGUGAGUAUGUGGCAGUUAGGGAUGAAUCUAAAUUCAAGGGAACAUGUCGUAUCCAGGUUCUAAGAAGCAGUGCCGAAUGGAGUCAAGGUAUAGAUAGAGAGUACUCUAUCUAUAGUGCUUACAUGGAAUGUAUUUUUAAAGCAAAACACUUUAUUUAUAUCGAGAACCAAUUUUUCAUCACCACAACGAGUCCUCAUGAUAAACUAAUCAAGAACAAAAUUGGGCAGGCCAUUGUUGAAAGAAUUAAGCGAGCACACAAGGAAAAACAAAAGUUUAGAGUAAUUGUGGUUAUUCCCGUCGCACCAGGUUUUGAAGGCGAUUUUAUACAAGCCGAUAGACGUUCCAUGCCGCUCCGAUCAGUAGCGCAAUAUCAAUACCGUUCGAUAUCUCGCGGUAAACACUCUGUUUUCGAACAACUAAAGAAAGCGAAUAUCCCCAUCGCUGAUUACAUCGGGUUUUACAGCUUACGUAACUGGGGUAAAGUCAAGGUAUCACCUACAAAAGAAAGUAAUAUUAGUUCAACCAUCAAGGAUAGCAUUAUUCAGUCACCCACUCUAUUACCCCAUCGACGCAACAUUAUCAAUAAGCGUCGUGGUCUUAAUAGAGUUCGAGCCAAUAGCCAAAACAAAUCAACAGAAGAAUUCAAUAACUUGUUGCAACAACAGCAACAGCAAGAGAUACUCUUGGAGCAACAACAAAAUGUUUACAAUGAUGGACGACUGGACUUCUUGACAGAACAAGUGUAUAUUCAUUCAAAGCUAAUGAUUGUAGACGACCGAACUGUCAUAUGUGGAUCAGCAAAUCUAAACGACAGAUCUCAAUUAGGAAACCGGGAUUCCGAAAUUGCUGUUGUGAUUGAAGAUACGGACUUGGUAGACUCUCGUAUGAAUGGACUACCAUAUAAGGCAUCGCGGUACGCACUUACUUUACGCAUGCAAUUAUUCAAGGAACAUUUAGGAUUAUUAAAUUGUGGCCACCAUGAUACGGAGAAUGGCGAUCACGAGGAAAACACCGGAGCCGAUGGUUACAGAAACAUGAAGCGUGAAGAUGUGGUUGUGAUGGAUCCAUUAUAUGAUGAAUUCUACAAUGAUAUAUGGAGCAAAACCGCCGAGAAAAAUACGCUUAUUUACCGAGAUGUUUUCAGGUGUGUUCCAGACGAUACAGUCCAUUCGGUCGAACAGCAUCGACAAUUUGUACCUGAUCCUGCUCGAGUUUUGCCUGGUCAUGUUGCAGAGCCUUGGAAAUUAACAAAUGACCAAGUUCAGUCAAGGUUGAAUGAGAUCCGAGGUCAUCUUGUUCAGUUUCCUACGGAAUAUUUAAAGAACAUCAAUAUGACUGCUUCUGUUAUGCAGGAAGCUGUGCCUCCUGUUGUCUUUACUUGAGUGUACCCUCCCUUACAUGUAGCUUUCAUUGUUCCUGAAACAAAUAAAAAAAGUCUGCAUUAUGACCUUUUCAUUAAACUGUUGCCUAUUUUUGUAGAUAAAGAAAACUGUGUAAUCAGAAAUAAAAAUGACAAACAUUGUACAAAGCAAUGUGAUACCAAACUUCAUUGCAAUGUUAUUAAGUCACAUUGCAUUAUUGUCAUCCCGCCCAUCCACUUUGUCAUUCUAUUUUGCAGCCUUGAUUUUGUUUAGCAGGCCGUCAGUUAUCAUUCACCAUGUUACCAGAAACCUCUUUCUUUAUAAAGACAAUCUUGACCGAUUCGCCUCGUAUCAUAGCAACAAAAACACCCAGUUACCAUACAAAUAUUCUUGUUUCUGGUCUAGUAUAGGUAUGCUGGUGACUAAGGAAAGCCACGAUGAUACUCACGCUCCCGGUUGAAAAAAAAAAAAAAUGACAUGAACUUAAAAUAACUGUAAU